GAUCCCGCUGUGCCCAUGGAACUGACACUCCUUUUUGCUCACAGUGGGCUCCGGGCCACAGCAAAGAUCACAUACCAGGCGGUGCUGCUGGAGAACCUGGGGGUGACCCUCACCCUGUGGUCCACGUGUGGCCUGUCCCGAGGGGGCCUCUACGGGGAGUGGCAGGGGGUCAUCUGCCCCGGGGAGAGCAGCUCGCAGGUCCAGAAGUACCUGCAGCAGCUGUGGAACACCAUCCUGCUGAUUGCCCUGCUGCUCUGCACCGGGGUCAUGGUGCAGGCACAACGCCAGUCGCGGCAGGACCUGUCAGAGCGGGAUGCUGAGCUGGACCUGAAGCAGCACAUUCGGCGGCGGCUGUUGGCGCUGAAAACCCGGCGGUACCACCCUGGGAAACCGCCGCGGAGCCGGGCCUGUGAGAUCGAUAGCUGUGCUGUGUGCUUGGACCAGUUCCACAAGAGCCAGUGGCUGCGGGUGCUGCCCUGCUCCCACGAGUUCCACCGGGACUGUGUGGAUCCCUGGCUCCUGCUGCAGCAGACCUGCCCCCUCUGCAAGCGCAACAUCCUGGGGAACUGCUGCACGGACAGCUAGCGGGCCUGAGGACACUCCAGGGACAGACCCACGGCCACUCCGGGGAGAGGGAGGGGACAGGGGGUGCCCAGUGAGUGGCACCUGCUGCCAGAGCUGGGUCAGUGUGGCUGUGCCACCACAGCGCCCAGACACCAGAGGGAAGGACUCGGGGCUCUCUGAUGGGUGUGAGUAGAGGGGUGGGAGGUCCAGAUGGGCAGUGCCGGAUAGGGAAGCUACGGGGGCACCCAUGGGUGUAACAGGGUGGGAGCUGGGGGCAGGGAGAGUCCUGACCCUGCCACCCUUGCCCUGCUCAUGGGAAUUUUUCUAAGUCUUGGGUUUUUUGUCUAUUUGCUGGUGGCCAUGGCAGGGUGGGCAGAGCCCGGCUGUGGCACCAGCCCCUUGGGGAGGUGGGGUACAGACCUGCCAGGGCUGGGGCUGGCAGGACUGCGGGGUGACCCAUGGCCCUGCUGUGGGAGGGCAGGGGGCAAGGAUGCUUUAUUUAUAGUAACUUAUUAGAAAGGAUGGCACGAGUCGCUGCAGAGCCACCACUGGGCUCCUCUCACCCAACAUGUGAGUGGGGACAUGCCAUGAGCCCUGCCUGGCUCCUGCCCCACAGGCUGCAACGUGGCACAUGUCCAUCCCUAUUAAACACAGAGCAAAGAC